AUGGAUCUCGCUAGCCUUCUCUCCACGGCUCCUAAGCCAUAUACUCCUAUGGACUCCAGCUACUACAAGCGUUCGGCGCCUCCUUCCCCACCCGCCGAAGAGCCCAAGGUCUCACUGCCUUCUAUCUCCUCUCUUCUGGAGCGUGCCGAUGGCCAGCACUCAGCCAAGCGCCAACGUCUCUCACCACCACUUGGUGAACGUCACAUCCGGGUGCAGCCCUACGAGCUGCCCCCAACACCCCCAUUGCGCCCCGGCUCCGGCCAUGGCCACAGCCGCGCAUCACCAGAGAUGGUCAAGGACCACCGCUCCUCCAUCUCCAGCAACGGCUCAAUCCACAUCGCUCAACCCUACGCCUCUCCCGCUCCCAGCGUCUCAUCUUACACUUCACCCAUCGACGCCCCUCAACAAGCUCUCUACUACUCUCGCCCUCCCACCACAUCAACAUUCGCCCCUUCAACACCCGCUCCUGCUCCUCUCCCAGUUCAGCAGCCUCUCAUCUCCCCAUACCAGCAGAACCACGACCGCUACAUCUGCCGUACUUGCCACAAGGCUUUCUCGCGCCCCUCAUCUCUGCGCAUCCACUCCCACUCCCACACGGGCGAGAAGCCUUUCCGUUGCACCCACGCUGGCUGUGGAAAGGCCUUCUCUGUGCGCAGCAACAUGAAGCGCCACGAGCGGGGUUGCCAUUCCGGCCGUCCUGCCCCUGCUCUGGUUGUUUGA